ACAACACGUCUUUGAAUAUUAUAUUAUUAUUAUAUACUGUAAUUUUUAACUUUUGAAUUUUAAGUACAUUUAAGAAUUAACUAUGAAUUCAAAUCGAGGAUUUUGUUGUAUGUUGUUGGACGGAAAGAAAAACAUUGAAAACUUGUGAGAUCAUAUUUAUGUGUUCGAAAAAAGAUUGCAAUGCCUCAAUAAAAAUUUAUUAAUAUCGCGGAAUGAUGUCAGAAAUACGCGGAGAAUAUACACAUCUCAAAUUGACGAAUUCGGAGGUAGAAAAACACGAAGACGUUAUUUUGUAGUGACGCGCUAUAAAACACAUUGCCAUAAGCAGACCAGUCAACGCACUUUUCCUAUACGAUUAAAAGUGAAGAACUGCAUUUCUACUUCCUUUUUUGUCUACGCUUCAGUUUAACAUUUACCUCUUAGUGAAAAUGGAACCAACCCCAGACAGACAAGUGGAAGAUAUUGCAAUACGUCAUGCAAAUUUCAAUCCAAAUGAAGUAUCAUUUGUGUUUAAUAAAUACUCUGAUGAGGAUAAAGAAAAAAUAUACAAGUCAUUAUUGGAAGACUUCAAACGGCUUUUCUUUCAAACAGAACCACCAAUAAAUAAAUCAAUUUUAUAUCAAAAAGCACACUUAGUAUCAUGUUUAGGAUAUAAUUAUUGCAUAAUCCUUGACAAUGACUUUAAAAAUUUUGUCAUAUGGUAUUUAAAAAAAUUAAAAAGGCCACAGCUUAUAAAUCUACCGAGUGAUAUAUUUUUAAAAUCGUUGGCUACUAGUUGGGAAAUUUUUAUAGAAGCUAUAACCAUAACAUAUAAUGUCACGGAAUAUAUGAAAAGUUUCCAUCCUGGAUUUAACAAAAUAGAGCAUUUUGACAUAUUUGCAGUACUCUUAUUUCGUAAUAUAAUUUUUCAGGAUGGUAGUGUACAUAAAUGUUUCCAAGCAAGAUUGUCAGAAUUGAAACAAGUUACUAUAAGAGAUAAUAAACAAGUAACUGCUGAUCGCCUUUUAAUCGAGAGUAUUUCUAAAAUGUGUUAUGCGUUAAAAAUGGAUGACUGUUAUAAAUUGCGUGUAAAACCUUUGUUUUUAAAAUUAACAACAGAAUAUUUUCAAUUAUUAAGGGAGAACUAUUUAUUGAUAUACCAUGAUUAUAAUUAUUUUAUAAAUGCCAAUGCUAAAAUAGUUGAAGAAAUGGAUAGAAUAGAAUCGAAAUUGGAUACAGACAGUAUUAAUGAAAUACGUGAUAUUAUUACAACAGAACUCGUCCUAAAAAAUAUAAAUGCUAUUAUGGAAAGUUGUAGUGUUGAUUAUAUGUUGAAGAACGACCAAUAUGAAAAUUUAAAACAUUUGUACAAUAUUUUGUGUUCUGUGGACGGUGGUCUAAAAGUGAUGUUUGAUAGUAUGCGUCCAUACUUUUGUGAAUUUGGAACAUCAAUUGUUCUAACAAAUGAAGGCCUUCCUAAUGAUUUAACUUGUAUACAGGGUUUAUUGAAUUUGAAAGGUAAAUUUGAUUAUUUGAUGAAUAAUGUAUUCAACAAAAACAAAUUAUUUUAUGACAUUGUUGGUAAUGAAUUUAGUGUUUUCUUAAAAUUGAAUUCAUUAAUACCUACAUAUCUAUGUCAGUUCAUUGACGAAAAACUAAGAAAAGGAAAAUACAUGUUUUUUAAAAAUCACACCCCAGCUGAUUUGUUCAAAGUCGCGUUCUUAGCUAAACGUCUUCAAGAUAAAAGCUUAUUUGAAGAUCUCUAUGAAAGUAGUUUAGCCAUGAGAUUGCUUGAUAAUGUGAAUGUUAAUGUGAGAAUGGAAAAUACAGUAAUAAGAAUAUUUAAAAGAGUUUAUGCCGAUCCCUGUGAUAAUUCAUUAUUUGUAUCAAGAAUUCAGAGAAUGUGCAAGGAUAAGUUUUUAUCAUCUAAUUUUAUCAAGAGAAAAUAUUAUGAGCAUGGUUUAGUUGACAAGGUUAUUUGGGGUAUUAUGCGGCCUUUUGUUCUUAAUGUAGAUGUAUUAAGUGCAGUAUAUUGUCGAGUAGUAUCUCCACAGCCAAUGUGCAAAGUACCAUCAUUUGCUAUGAAUGCUUUUAAACAUUUUAACGAAUUAUACUCAAGAUAUGAGACCAAAAAGAAUUUAACGUUACUACCUCAGUAUGGUACAGCUGAAUUGGAAGUGACUUGUUAUAGCCAGCUUGGGGCCAUAAAACGAUCAUAUGAUGAGGAAAAUUCAAAAACCAAAAUUGAACGUGGUGAACGAAAGAUCAAAGUUGUAGUGUCAACUUACGAGAUGUUUGUGCUUGAUUUAUUCAAUUCAAAUGAUUUUUUAACAGGCGAAACAAUUCUGAAGGAAACAAUGAUUCCAGAAGAUAGUUUAUUAGUUUCGUUGGGUAAAUUGGUGAAUGGUCACAAAUUACUUAUAAAACGUCCCAUUUGCACGGAAAUUAAAUUAAGUGAUACGUUUUAUGUUAGAGAAGACUUAUAAUGCAUAUAAUUCUUAUUAAUAAUCAAGGUUUCAGUUCUGCCAAUAAAUUGGGUUAUAGUAAAAGUUCCCUCAACUUUUUAAUACCAAUCAGGAACACUUGGUACCUUAUUUCUUAUAUAUCAUCAUUCCAUUAAUUAUUAUUUUUUAAACUAGGUAUUAAGCUCAAUUAGACAACUUGCCAAUGAGUUAAUUUAAUUUUGUUUAAAUUCUCUUAUAUUUUAUAUUACAUUAUUUAUAUGUAAUGAUUAUAUAGUUUUCCUUUUUUUUUUUUUUAUAUGUGUUUACUUAAUACAAAU